UCUCUCUCUCUCUCUCUCUCUCCUCUUCAAUAUCUCUCCCACUGGCCCGCUUCCAUCUUUCUUCCCUUCAUCUCUCUGUCGCCAUUGCAAAUCUGGAGAUAAUCCUUCUUCCUCUUCCCCAUUCAUGGAGUUGUUGCCUCGAAAUUUGGACAAUCUCAACUCCAGAGAAGCUCGUUCCGACUCCCUCGUUUCUGAAUUCGUCAAGGAUGGGUCUACCGAGUUUUGCCGCCCGAUUGAGUCUUCUAGCCGGGGUACUCAUAUGACGGAUUCUGUACCUUCUGAUUGGACCGACGAGAAGCACCAUUUGUUUCUUGAAUCCAUGGAAGCAUCAUUUGUCAGCCAAAUGUUUGAUUCUGGGCAUUCCGUUGGUUCCUGCCCCAGCAAGGAUAAUUCUUCGCGGACAAAAUUGCUCAGCAAAAGCCAGUCCGCCUCUCACGUCCAUUCACAUUUUGGCCAGUUUAAGGUUCUUCGACGAGGCAGCUGGAAGAACAUUAAUUUUGAACCAACUGAAUCUCGAUCAAAUUUUUUGAAUGAAUACCAAGCUCUCUCACAUAAUCCUUGGAUACAUCACUUCAAAGCUGCUCGUAAAAACAAAAAUGUCGCUUGCAAAAGUCAAGCUAUCGGUUCAAGAGGAAGGAACUCGUUGUCAUUAGAAGCAGCUAAUAAUUCAGGACCUAUACGUGCUUCCAACUCUGAUUUGUCCCAGCAAUAUAUCAGCAGUAAUAAAGAAGUUUCGGAUCAGAACUUUGUUGAUGAAGUUGUAGAAGUUGAAAAAGGAAGCAGGGAUUGCAAUGCCAAAAGGGUCAACACAUCAGAAACCAAUGCUUUGAUCAAUGACCAGGUUGUUCCUUAAAUUCCAUGAAAAGGAGAUGGUGUUUAACAAGAAUUAUCUUACAGCCAGAAGAUAGCUAGAUCCCAGAUUGUCGCCAAGAUGUGCCAAAAGACUUAUCGACUACUUUUCUAACUCGGGAAGGGCUAUAGAUGAGAGAUUGUUGGUGAAGUCAAUAAUGCUCAUCUUGAUGUUCUUGGGUUUGUCUGGUAAUGUAAGUUCUACUACCUAAUACCUUCGGUUGCCUGAAGUUACGUAUAGUAAUUAGUACAUCAGCAAUUAUGAUUUUGACUGGGUAGAUGUCUAUGGUAUUGCCAUUCAUCACUUGUGUGUGUGUAUAUAUAUACAUAUUUCUUUUGGUUCAUCAAGAUUAUGAAACAUCUAUUCUAGUCUUUCGAAAUGAAAUAGUAAGAAAAUUUCAAUUUUAUUCCUCAA